AAACUUACUCUCAUUUAAUGUGCAACUGGCGCGCAGCAAGCUGCUCUCGUUCUUCAACCGCGACAUGGCCGCCACCGAUGGCCAAAUCAUAUUGGCCGCCUCCCGCUUCGGCGAUGCCACGCCCGUCUACCUGCGCGACUUCUCCAAGCAGCCGCUGCCGGCGGUGGCCAAGAUCCUCAAGGGGCAGCACCAGGCGCUCGGUGUGCCCACCCUUUCGGCGCCGUCGCUCCAGAGCACCGCUCUGUUCCUGAGCGCCGGCAAAAAGUACCAGAUCCUGGCGCAGCCCAUCAAGAUCAAGGAGGGACGCAAGCCUACGAAUGUGGGUGCUAAGGUCCUCAUCCCGGAGACCUAUGGCGGCUACUUCGAGCUCCUCAGCGAGGACGGUCGCUCCACGCGAUGCAUUGACUCUGUGCUGGAGCUGUCCCGCCGCCGUAAUGCCCGAGUCCUCGUCCGCGAGACCUUUCGCUGCCAGCAAAUGAACCGAACCAUCCAUGCCGGCGAGCUGCUGACCACCAUGAACGACAAUGGCAAGUACCUGCAGUGUCGGAACAUCAAGGACGAGAUUAUCAAUCUGCCACUCGAUACCAAAGCCAAGUUCUCGCCCAUUGCCCGCGAGGACAGCAUCAGCGGUGUGCACACCGUCAAGAAUCUCCUGCUCAAGAGGAUGCCGGUCAUAGUAAGACUCGUCCAUGGCAGUGCGCCCAAGGGCCUCAAGCAACCCUUUGUCCCCGAACUCCGCCUGCUCGGCUGCGUGGAGAUCGACAGGAUCUUCGCGCUGCCGCUGCAAAAGGACACGGAUCUGGUGCCAGUGCCACUCAAUGCCAAGAUCAAGCUGCAGCGGGCCAAGAACAUGGAGCAGCUGCAGCACUUUAUCGAGUACACACGCUUCCUGGACAAGGCCCAGCGCCUGCUGGCGGAUGCACGCGAUCGCCUCCAGAUCGUGGAUCUCAAGCUGAGCGAGAAGGAGAAGAAGGACUCCAAGUUCAGCAGCCGCAACGGCGGACGCUUGCCGGUGGUGAUGCUGCCCUCGGCGGCGGGCGUGGCCAGUGGCUUGGCGGAGAGUGGCUACGUGCUGCGCAAGAGCGCCAGCUGCGACUCCUGGUCGAAGCAGCAGCAGCAGGCGCUGAGCAGCAACGAGAUCGCCGAGGAGUACAACGAGAUCGAUCAUAUCUACGACUAUGUGCGCGGUCUGACGCCCCUCUCGAAGGGCUUGGCCCGGUUCGAGCCCAUCUGCGAGUCGCCCACGCUGCGCUCCCAUCACACGGACAGCGGCAGUGGCAACUACUGCAGCCUGAUCCGGGCUCCAGUGCAUCCCGGCCAGCAGCAGCAGCAGCAGCAGCAGGCCUCCACCUCGGGUAACAACAACUACAGCAGCCUCGAGUCGAACAAGCACAGCAGUAGUGGCGGAGGAGGAGGAGGAGGAGGUGGCCACCAUCCUGGCCAUCACCACCACCAUCACCUGGUGAACCACUACCAUCAUGGCCAUAUUCAAGAGGACAUCAAGCCGGUGCCGCCGCCCAUCGAGACGAUUCCCGGCAAGAAGCCGGCCGAGAAGCGCCAGCGUCCCACUCUACCAAAGCUUUACAUCAAGAAUGCCCACAGUGCUGGGAGCAGCAGCAAUGGCAACUCCACGGGCACCAGUCACAGUCACAGUCACAGUCACACGCACACGCAUACCCACUCGCACAGUCACAGUCACAGUCACAUCCACACCAGUCACAGUCACGGCCAGCAGCAGACGGCGCAACAGCAGCAGCCGCCAACUCCCAAUGGGAAUACAGCCAAUGCGGUGGCCAAUGCAGCGGCUGCCGCUGUGGCAGCUGCUCAUCAUGCCUCUCAUGGUUCGCAUCCGCAUCCGCACCCACAUCCGCAUCCGCAUCCGCAUCCGCAUCCCCAUCACGGCAAGGUGCUGACGCCCAACAAUCAUCUGCCGAGCAAGGAGCAGGCACUGGAGCCGCAGUCGCCGCUAUUUCACAUCAGGUACAAGAGUCUCAGCAGCCUGCAGCUGACGCCGGACAACAACAAUUGCUCCUCCGUGACGCCGCCAACGAUCUCAGCCCACGGCAAGUCAUCUGGAGCAGGAGCAGGAGUUGGAUCGGGUGCAGGACCAGGAGGCGGAGCCAAUGGAACCCCUGCCACGCCGGGCACACCACCCGAUGUGGUGCUCAAGUGCGGUAGCAUUCUUAAUGUCCACGGCUACCUGUCGACGCCGCACCCAUUGCCCCUGCCCCUGCCCCUGCCCCACAGCCGGAGUUCCAGUAGCAACAAUCAUCACAAUCCGCGAGAGGGCACCCUGGACUCAUCCCGCAGCGGCGGACGGACAUCCGGGGACUCGAACAAGCUGCCCGAGAAGAAGACCCGCCGCCUGUCCCGGCCGAGGAGUCUCUCCAACCUGGUGUGGGACCUGCGGCCGUCGAAGGAGAAGUCGAAGAAGAAGCUCUACAUCCAUCACUUUGACCAGCGGCAGCAGGCGACGCUGUAUCUGUAGGAUGGAUGUGGAUUUGACUUCAGGACGAGCAAGUGGCACCAUGAUGAUCAUGAUGACGACGAUGACGAUGACGAUGACGGAGGAGGAAGAGGAUAAUGAGGAUGAGUUGCCAACUCGUUUCUAGCUGCCAUCGACCCCCACAACAACAACAACAACUACACAACAACAAAUACAACAAACAGACAGAGAGACAACAGAGUACCAGAGGAAAACUGAAACAAAAUAAGCCACAAAUAAAGAAAAAGAAGAUCAACUUAAAUAUCCGGCACGCUGUGUGUGUUCCUGCAGCUUUCACCAUUUAGCUUGCAGCAGCAAUUUUAAUUAACAUUGAAUUGUGCCUUUCCCUGCUAUGCCCGGAAUUAUAGAGAGAGAUUAUCGAGAGAUCGAAGAAGGAUGACAAAAAUAAAAAUAUUUAAAGAGAAUAUUUUUAAUGGAUGGAUCCCCAA